UUUGCAUCAUGCUCCUCUCCCCUUUCUCUCCUCUCCCCUCUCCACGUUUUAAACAGAAGAGUAAAAAAGGCUUUCGUCAAAUUUUAAGUGGUGCCAUAUCUCAAAUUUAGUCCAAAUCAAUCUCGUUUCCAAAAUAUCAAUUUUGUCCAAACCUCUCUUGUGACUGUUGUGAUGCAAAACUCCUUUUUUAACGGUUUUAUAUCUGCUAGGAACAAGAGUCACCACACUGUACCUCAACCUUUUAAGAUUCAAGGUUUAAUUGGCAGUCAAAUUGGCCUUCAAUAUUUCAAAGUAAAUGCUUUUCAGCAUCGUGGAGCUCGUCUGAAGCUGAAGCGUUGCCUGGCAGGCGUCGGCAGGGAGGGAUGAGAACGGCGGAGGCAGAGAGAGAGGCGAGAGCAGCGCGCGCUCAGGCAGGACAGGAGGGCGCGCGGGACAUCAGCACACCGGCCGGGUCAAGAAGCAGCAAGGAUGGAGAUUCGACCAGACAGGUUUAAGGUGGCCGCGGCUAGAACUUUGGGGAAAAUUAACAGGCUGAUUGAGAAACGCCAGCCAAAUGGAGAAACCAUUGAGUUAUCAGCAGAGGGCCGCCCUGAGCUGGUGGAGGAGAAGGAGCUGCCAGUGGUGGACUGUACCUGCUUUGGCCUGCCCAGGCGGUACAUUAUCGCCAUUCUCUCAGGCCUGGGAUUCUGCAUCUCUUUUGGUAUCCGCUGCAACCUGGGCGUGGCCAUUGUGAGCAUGGUCAAUGACCAUACUGUCUACAAGGGCAAUAAAGAAGUGCUCGUGGCUGCACAGUUCACCUGGGACCCAGAGACGGUGGGGAUGAUCCAUGGCUCCUUCUUUUGGGGCUACAUAGUCACACAGAUCCCGGGCGGCUUUAUAUGUCAAAAAUUUGCAGCCAACAGGGUGUUUGGCUUCGCCAUAGUGGCCACAUCCACUCUCAACAUGCUGAUUCCAUCUGCAGCUCGCUGCCAUUACAGCUGCGUCAUACUUGUCAGGAUAUGCCAAGGCCUUGUUGAGGGUGUAUCAUACCCAGCCUGCCAUGGGAUUUGGGCUAAAUGGGCACCACCUCUUGAGAGAAGCCGUUUAGCCACAACAGCCUUUUGUGGAUCCUAUGCAGGGGCGGUGGUGGCGAUGCCGCUCGCUGGGAUACUGGUGCAAUACACUGGGUGGUCUUCUGUAUUUUACGUCUAUGGCACCUUUGGAAUAUUUUGGUAUUUGUUCUGGAUUCUGGUGUCAUAUGAGAGCCCCGCAGUCCAUCCCACCAUCACGCCAGAGGAGAGGAAAUACAUUGAAGACGCAAUCGGAGAGUCAGCAUCUUUCCUAGAUCCCCUUCAUAAAUUCAAAACCCCUUGGAGACACUUCUUCACCUCUAUGCCAGUUUAUGCUAUUAUUGUGGCCAACUUCUGCAGGAGCUGGACCUUCUACCUGCUGCUCAUCAGCCAGCCUGCCUACUUUGAAGAAGUCUUUGGCUUUGAGAUAAGCAAAGUGGGUAUGGUAUCUGCUUUGCCCCAUCUGGUGAUGACAAUCAUUGUGCCUAUCGGAGGCCAGUUGGCUGACUACCUGAGAACCCACAACCUGAUGACCACCACCAACGUCAGAAAACUCAUGAACUGUGGAGGUUUUGGAAUGGAGGCCACUCUACUUCUGGUGGUGGGCUAUUCUCACACAAAGGGUAUGGCCAUUUCUUUCCUGGUUCUAGCUGUGGGGUUCAGUGGAUUUGCAAUCUCAGGGUUUAAUGUCAAUCACUUGGAUAUCGCCCCCCGAUAUGCCAGCAUACUGAUGGGCAUUUCAAAUGGAGUGGGGACAUUAUCAGGAAUGGUGUGUCCUCUAAUCGUGGGUGCCAUGACGAAGCACAAGACUCGUGAAGAGUGGCAGUACGUCUUCCUCAUAGCUUCCGUCGUUCAUUAUGGAGGAGUGAUUUUCUACGGUCUGUUUGCAUCGGGAGAGAAACAGCCGUGGGCGGAUAUAGAGGACACCAGUGAGGAGAAGUGCGGUAUAAUCGAUGAGGAUGAGCUGGCCAAUGAAACAGAGGAGAUGUACCACGGAGGAGGGCAGUAUGGGGCUAUGGGCCAGCCGGUGGUCGGUUCGAAUGGAGGAGGCGCGGGGGGUGGAGGAGGUGGCGCUGGAUGGGUGACAGACUGGGAUAAGUCUGAGGAGUAUGUGCAGCCACCUGGACGCAAUUCAUACAUGUACGGGGGAGAGAAGGAGAAAGAACUGACAUAAAAAGAACCACACGUGAUAGAAGUGUAAAAAAUAAAAAAAAUAAUGAAGGAAGAUUGUUUUGGGGAAAGGGAUUGUGAGUCACUGCUGUACUGAAGGGGCCUGUUGUGUGCUUUUGUACAUUAUUUGCAACAGCACAUAUCAAGAGUAUGCAUCCAAAUGGUUCCAUUGUGAGUGUAUCCUUGAGUGUGUACGUGUGUGGGUGUGUGUGUGGGUG